AUGACCAGGGGAGCUCGGACGUGUUGGCAGCAAGAUGACGGCUUCCAAAUCUGGCUAGCACCCCGCGAGAACGAAAAGCCAUUCACCGACUCAGAGAGGGCGCAGAGAUGGCGACUGUCCUUGGCAUCCCUCUUGUUCUUCACUAUUCUCCUCUCUGAUCACCUGUGGUUCUGCGCCGAGGCCAAACUGACCAGGACCCGCGACAAGUUUUCCUCUCCGGACAUGGGCGUCUAUACAUCCAACCACCCAUCACCCCGAACCCAUUUAGCACACAGCAGCCUCAGAGGAAACGAAGAUGCUAUUUUUAUAGGAAAUUCUACCAAUUUAUGGCGAAUUGAAACUUGCCAACAAGAUAGUUUAUCUAAAAACUGCUUCGCUUUUGGAGAUGCCGACCAUUUGUGCAAGGGCCUUUCCGAAAAGGAGGGGACUCGGUCUGUAAAUAUGAGUGAUUUGUACCUUUCUUUUUGUAAUUCCUAUUCUCUAUUGGAUUUGUUUUAUGGGUCGACACGUCCGGACGAUUUGAACUGCAGCCUGGAUGUGCUCAGCGACGGUGACAUGACGAGAUGCAGUCUGUGCAUCCAGGCGUACCAGCGCUACGACCAGCACGCCCAGGAGAAAUAUGAUGACUUUGAGCUCAUGACUCAGAAAUACGAGACGGAUGCAUAUUCAGUGAGGACGUGCAUGGAGCAGUGCAAGAUGGCCUACAAGCCCUGGCUGUGUGCUCAGUAUUUCCCCACCACCCAGAGGUCAUGUCAGAAGAAAAUGCCGUGUCACCAGUACUGCCUGGAGGUCCAGCAGAGCUGUCCUUUCAUUCUGCCUGAUAAUGAUGACCUGAUCCACGGAGGCAGCCCCAGCUUCAUCUGCACAGGGCUCCUGGGAGAGCAUCCGCCAGACAAUGAGGCGGAAUGCUGCGAUGUCCGAUGGGACUCCAAGAUGGACAGCCCUUCAGGUGGGACACUUAAAAGGACUGCUACCCCCUGCCAUCCCCAGGGGGCCUCCGUUACUGACACUGCCCCUCCCAGACUGUGCAAUGGGCGGCUGAAGAUCUGUCUGCUGGCCCUUGUCCUCCUACACACUGUCAUCAUCAUCUCAGUCUCCCAUAAUUCCACAUUUUUGGGUGGGGCUACCAUUUUCCCACCAGACGAGAGCUCUUCGAAAGAGGACUGA